AUGGAACAAGGUUCCAAACCACGCGCUCGCUGCUUUAAUUGGAUUUCGCUCCUGAUCUUAAUGGCAGCGAUCUAUGUUGUACUGGUCUCGGUUUUUAUGGUGACUCUUUAUCGCUUGGUAUUGACACAGACUACAAGAAUUCGAACACUCGAGGCAAAGACAAUCGAACUUUCAGCUCGCGUCUACAAGUUGGAACUAAGUUUAACAAAUAUUAAGAGAUCUGAAGCAAAAAGUGUAAGUGAAACCGAUCGAGUUGUGCACGGAAAGCUCACCAGUAAGGUACGUUGAUAACUUCUAAGAUCUGUAGAAAUCGCUGCAAAAACAAAAGCGACUUUUGUACGAUAAAAUUAUGCACAAGCUAAUGUUUUCAUUUGAAUGAACGCAAAGUAACCUGACUGUGUUUUGUUUCAGCAGACGCCUUUCAGUUCCCUUCAGUCAAGAGAUAAGCGCCAAAUGGGAGGUGUCCCACACCCGACA